AUGGAAGAAAUGGGAAUUGAUCAAAAUGUGAAUGAAAUCUUGAGAUUAUUUGAAGAAGAGUUAUUAGAUAGUUCAUUAAAAGAUUUUAGAGAUGUAAUUGAUGGAGACCUCACAAUUAAAGAACUUGAAGAUAUAGUUAAACAAGGAAUUACUGAAGAAAUUCCUACAGUCAUAGAUGCUGCAAAACAAUUAACUGAAAGUAAUUUUGAAAAAGGUGAUUUACUAAGAGAGGCUCAUAUCAUUGGACAGCAGUAUCAAUUCUUACAACAAGAAUUAAAAUAUUAUAAAGAAUUAUUAAAUGAACCAACCAAUAAAUAG